CAGCGUUGCAGAUUCUCUCAUACUCGGGAAAUGAGGUAAUUUCAAGAAAUUAGUUAUGCGCGAGGAAAAGAAAGCGAGAAAAUCUUGAAAAAUUUUAUAUGCCCUUAUAAAAGGUGAGUUGAUUAAUUUUAGGCUAAAUUUAAGAGUACUCCAAUGUUAUUAUUCCUAAGAAUACUCCUUACAUGGCCAUCUCUAGCGAGUUGUGGUUGUUUGGGAAAAUUGGGAAAGAGAAUGAGGAUUUUACAGGUUGAAAUUGUUAACAUCGUUUGUAACUCUCUCUGGUAUACUCUACAUAAAUACCGCGGGCAAGAAAUCACACAAUUUUAAAGUAAUUACAGAAACCAAGUUAUUUUGAUUUUUUCUCUCGCUGCUGAUACUUUGAUGUGAAGUUCUUCGAAAGAUUACGAGGCAUACGAAGUUAUACCGGAAGUAGGCGGUCUGAGGACAUCAAAGAAAUCACUUGUUCAAGUUAGAGUCAUACCAUUGCACCAGACUAGAUAAAAUCAGGAACUGUGUUUUUUUUCGAACAGCCGAAACGAUAAAAUUUUAGUUUACAUCAUAUAAGCUGCUCCCGAAUUUUUUUCUCGAAUAAAUCAAAAGAAUUGUUGUGAGCUUAUUCAUGUGUAAAACCAUCGACAACCUGUCAUUACAACAAACGGGUACCCAGACCAUAGAUAAAUCUUAAACUGAUCCAGACAAACUCACUAUAAACGAAUAUUAUCGAGGCCUACACCGCAAUGUAUGAUGAGAUAACGAGUGUAUAAUCACUGUUCAAACGCUAUCUUAUCUUUGGAACCAAAUUUGAAAGUUUUAAGCGUAAAGGGUGAGAAAGAAGUCAUUAUUGGUUCAUUUUAGUCGUAAAUUAUCCUUCGCGUAGAUUUUUCUCUUUCUUUCCCCCAAAACGGUGUUCGAGCAUGGAAUUAAAAAGUUUUAAUUAGCGGUAAUGGUCGCCAAGCAUGAAAUUCAUGUGAUAGAAGCUUCUAAUAAGCAAUUUCGCUUCUAUCAAUAACUAACAUUAUUCAAUUUUAGAGUUCACUACGCUUUGCUCUCUUGUACAGUGAUCCAUAGCGUUAAGUCAGAGUAUCUUCCAUUUCCUUAUGGAAACAAGAAAAGCUGCAUAUUCAUUUCCUUCUUGAGUUCCCUUUACACCUUCCUAUAUUUCUAUUAUUACAUCCACAUCGCCUAUGGAGAAAUAUAGAACAUUCGUUUACAUUGCAAGAAUUGGAUUUAUCCUAUCUUGUGCAGUAAUAUGAAAAUUGUUUCACCCGUUGUGAAUGGGAGAUAUUUUUGUUUUUCCACCUAGAUCUUUUAGAACCACUAAAUCUAUUGAAGUCAAGAAGAAAUUCGAGAAAGCAAAAUCACGGAUAAAUUUUGCUGCUCGCGUUUUCCAUAAACUAAUUAUCGUCUAUUUUUAUUGUAUUAUGGCGUCUGAGGCGGAUGUAGAUUAAUUAAAAAUCUGUUUUAAGUUCCAAAUACGGUAUUAAUAACAUCCUUAGAAAAAGAAUAAUUGGAAUUGCAAUAAUCUAGCUUCAUCUGUGGGUGAUUAAUAUAGUAAGAGAUUUAACACCCGGCUUAACCAGUCUAUGAAAACCCCCACACUGCGAAUUACGUUAAUUCAAUUAAGGAAAUAAUAUUUUUUUUUUUUUUCGCACGUCUACACGUUAGUCUGAAUUUUUUUUUUAACUUAACAGGUUGAGAACCACGUUUUUUUCGAACACUGCUUUCGCAGUUUUCCCUUUAAUUUUUUUUAGAUCAAGCGGAAAAGAAGACGAAUUUCUCUUAACCACAAAACAUGCAAUAAAUCCACAUUAUUGUGAACAAAUGGCCUGAAAGGCAGAAACCCAAAGAUCGAUGCUUGCUCUUCGUCGUUUGCAUAAACGUGGUUCAUAUUUCUUUAUUUAUAAGGACUCAAGCUUUGUUAUUUGUGCUUUACUGUUGAUCCCUCUUUUAUUCACUGCAGGAGUUCAACCCCUGGAUGAGUUGAAGUAUGAGGGCAUUUGUAGUUUUACUUUUGGCUGGAUAUGUCAUACUCUGUCACGCAGGUAACUCUUUCGCUAAAGUUUUUAAGUUUAUGGUGCCACAGAGGUAUAUUCAGGGGGAGGGUCCCGGGCUCCAUACCCCGCUCCCAACAGGCCUUUGGGUAUUGUCACAACAAAUCUAAAGCUUCAAUUCUUCCAACGACAGGAUCGUAUAUUGCUGCGUAACGUGAAGUAUUUAAAACUCACUAAUCUUUCAAUAUUUCUUAACUUAAUUAGCCUCUGGUGUAAAAAAAUGUGUUUUACUGAAUCCGGCAAAAUUUGGAUCCCCUCCCCCCUAAACAAAAUUUCCAGGAUCUGCGCCUUUGCCUGAAUGCCAUCACUUAUGAAAUAACUUAAUAUUAUGUUGUCUCCACACAGGUUCAAUUAAGAGAAAUAAAAGAGGUAAGUUGCGAUAGAGAUUUUUCACUGUACUAAAAAAAUUAAAUGAAAACCACACUACUAUAACAAAUCUAUCGAGAAAGGUGCAAUUACCAUAUAAGGUAGACGUUUUUCCAUGAUGCUUUGUGCGUUGGGACUCAGUGAUCGAUGAGUCUGAGUUAGAGUUACACCCCAUAUUGGGUCGUUGCGUUCUUAGGCAAGGCACUUUGCUCUCACAGUGUCUCAGCCUAACCAGGUAUGUAGUUUGGUUUUUGAAAACAGUUAGGGUAGCCUUACGAAAUGCUGUAAAGUGCGAAUAUAUAGCGAGGAACUGGCGGUUAUGUUCUUUUCGACUAUCUGUUUUUCAGGAUAUCUGUCCCGUACCGGUUUGUGCGCAAAACCGGAGAAUAACUUCAAGAUAAAGGAUCCUCGCUUGAAUUUUUGGGGAGUCGCUUAUGUGCUGCCAGAUGACGCCAAUCCAAAAUGUACUGAUUCCGAGUGUUCAGAAGACAGUCACUGUGAUGCAGACCGCAAGUGCUGUAGGAACUAUUGCGGUGGCAUGGUCUGCACUCCCACAAGUAAGACUUACCAGUCUGAUUAAUGGAUCGAUUAAUAAAAUAACCAUGUCGAAGUGUAUCCUCCACUAGUCUGCGUAAUGCAAAUCUGGUGGUUUUAAGGGCGACAUAGCGAUGAGCGGCGAAGCUGAGAGGGGCUUGGGACGCAAUUGAUUUUCCACUAGCGGGCCCGCCGUACAUCGCCUGGCGCACACAAAACCAUAAGGCGUACACAAACUCGUCAGCCACGCAGGCUCAUUCACAGCCUUUUUAUGUAGUUUCGAGAGGAAGCGGGAUGUAAGAAGGCGAGAACGGAUGAGGAGGGGGGAGGAAAAUACCUACCCUUUGCUAUCACAUCCUUUCUCAAUAAUCUCGCUUUCGCUGCGAACUAUGAUUUGAGGGAAAAUAGAAGGUUAGCAAACAGACUAUUGUGCAAAUUGAUUCAUGAUUUUUAAACCCCGUUUUACCAUUCCGUUUUAACCCUCUCUAUCCUUAGCAAUCCUUGAUCGAUCCCGGUCGGGUUACAAUCGUCUCUCUUGUGAUUUUCUUUUCUUACAAAGCUAAAUAUACUAAAGCAUCCUGAAGUAUCUCCUUCAGGAAGAGGUGUUUUCCCUUUGUGAAUCACCUUAACCUCCAUGAGUGACCAACACACAAUUUCUCCUUAAAAUAUCAAUACAAUAUCAAUCAGACACGUGAUGAGAAGAAAGAAAAAAAAUAUAAGUUUGAGGAUUUUCUAGUUGAUCCAGUACCAAAUUCUCAGAAUUAACAUCAUAAGAAUUGUAUGACAGACAGUUAGGAGAAUUACUAAUGAGAUCUUGAACAAUUAAUGGUUAAUCGUUCCAUUUUUUGAUCGAAUUUUUCACUGUUUUUUUUUUUAGUGAGAGAUCCUGACCCAUGCAAGGUAAGUCGUAUAAAUUAUUUUUAUCAAGGAUGGUUGAUAACUCACAGCAGUGUUUCACAGUUCUCUAGCCAAUAAAGUCAAAGCAAUCAAAGCGUUUAGUGAGGUCGAACAAUUCAGUUACCGAUUCAGCGAAAACCUGAAAUGAAACAUUGAAAAAAAGACCACAGAAAGCCAACUUCAUUUCCACAUCCUCAGGCGGUAGAGAAGAGACGAGGUAGCGUCAAAGCGCAUAACGUGGUCGUCAGGUCCUGCGUUUGAUUGAUUUUUUUCAGUUUGCUCAAGUUUCUUCAGUAACCAUGACCAGUUACCAAGAGAAUAUGAACUGAGUUUACAUUCUCUUGCAGUUACAGAAUGAAGUCUCAAAACAACUGACUUCGGCAACGAAACCGCACUGGAGUAUUUUCUAGAUAUAUAUUAUUCUAAUCUAGAAAAGCUUCGAGCACAUUCAGCGGUGCAAUUUAUUUUUCUUAACGUUACAGUAUUUUUGUUACUUUUGUCUCUUGAUCAGAAAUUCCAGUGUCCAGUUGGCCAAACGUGCAAGGUUCAGUAUGUUCCAUGUGUAAUGCCCAAAUGUAAGGAUGCCAUUGCUGUCAAUAGACCAACAUGUAUCAAGGAUCCGUCGGGUGAGUAAAAUGAUUCACUUUGUAAAUCGAUUUUUCUUCUUUAUGAGCCAAUGGGAGGAAAGAAAGAGUUAAGUGGUGAGACAGAGGUGGUACGGAAAAAAAUUCUAGUCGUAGUCAGAAGGGGUCUGCGCUGUUCAGAAGGCGGGCCUUACUACACAGGUAGGGAGGGAAAGGCCGGAAAAUUUCCUUGUUCCAUUGCAGAGCGAAAUAUGCAUCGACAGUGUUAUAGUUAAUAUAAGCCAGGCUGACGGGCUUAUCCGAAAAAUUCAAUCCUCCCCUCCGUUUACUUCGGGAGUGUAGAUGAAACGUGUUUAGGAACAUCAUCUUUACCCUUAGAUCAUUGAUAGCAUUAGUUGGAAACUCCCCAUCUCUGUUAAUAUUGGGAAUACCUUUCGUACUUUCAAUUCCUUCGGAAGUAACAGCUCUCCUUUUUUUUUAGGUAUAUUCUAAGAGGGGACCGUGAAAUUUCCUCCUCUCGCUUUUCACUUACGGGUCAAUUAGAGGAGAUUACAUUAAACAGGUUCUCAGUGAACCGGUUCGUUUCUCGUCAAUUGAUCCCGUGGAUCAUGUUUAUAGUUUUUAAAACAUUUCUCUUCUGUGUCUAUUUCGUUUUCAUGUACUGUCAUGGAUUUCUUGGGAGCAGCUGCCGCUCCUGCAGGUAAAAAACAGAAUUUUUUCGAUUUAAAUCAACAAACCUGUCAGAGAGAGAGUAGGCACUAGGAACCAGAACUCUCUUCAUCCUCGCACGCAUGACUUUUCGCUUUCUCACGCUUGUCAGGUUUAGCCUGCCUCGCAGGGCCGGAUCCAGAAAGUUUGUCCACCGGCUUAUAACUACUUUAAAUUAUUGAGACGUACUGUUCUCUGAAACUUGUUCUUAAUCCAACUCUUCCUAUUCUCUUCCCGAGAAAGUUUGUCAUGAUAAUUGACGACCAAGACUUGCAAAACCUGCGUUUUGACUUAGUACAUCCAGUCAUAGCUUAAAAUGGGUAGCAAUGACAAAGGUUAAACAAAAAUUUAAAAAAUAAAACUGUUCUGUAUCCAGCACACCUUACGUUAACUUCCACUCGGUGGACAAGAGGGAAUCGAAAUUAUGUAAUGUGUGAAGUACGAGAGACAAAACCUCUAAAAAGAAACAGUUUUUAAUACGGACAAAACCGCCAGUCGCAACUGCAUAUCGUUUUUUUGAACUCACCCUUGACUACCGCGCCUAGGUUUGGUAGCCACCACUACAACACUCGGUACCAGUCUCACUAAUGCCUAGAAAAAAGAUAUUGAAGACGGUUUCCUUGACUGUGUUUUCAUCUAACCACUAGCACCUCCACCUGCCCCUCCCUCGAUGCCAGCGAAUCCUGUGCAGCCAAGUUAUGCACCUCCCAUGUUCCAGCAACCAUCGCCAUACCAACAGCAACCACAGGCACCUUUCUAUCCACAGCCAAUGGCACCGUUUCCACCUGCCGUGCCACCAAUGGCUGCAUUUCAAAAUGACGAGCUCGGCAGUGAAGCCGCCCCACAGACAAAUUUUGGCGGAACUCAACCAAGCGCGGAAACAGGAUUGAAUGACGCCUCUCUUGUAAAUGCUUUUCAAAACGAGAAUCAGCCUCUGGCUUUUCAAAAUGAUAACCCUCCUCCCACCGAUCAGAAUGACUUUCUACAACCUCCUCCGACAGAAGAACAGCAGCAACCUUUGGCUGAUGUACCCGAGAGCGUGAAUCCUCCCCAGGCUACUCCCAUGAUUGCACCACAACCCGGCUGGGGCCGAAGCAAGACUCUUCAAUAAAUAAGUUGCCUUGGAACAUCUGAUGUAAGAUCAUCUGACUACUUACUUUCCCUUAAUUGUAAAUGAAAGCUCGCGCUGUUAUCAGAUAUAACGGUUCUCAGAAGCGAAGUGUUUUGUACUGCCAGAAAUCAGGUUUGAACUCAUUAACAAAAUAGGCACACAUAACCAUUUUUU